UCCGGUCUUUUCAAAAAGCUGAAAUUGAAUCGCGUGUUGGAAGCGGGUGAGCCCGGCAGCGGGGGCGCGGCUCAGUCGUCAGUGCCCAGCCCUGUGUGCUGCGCUGAGCGGGAAUAUCGGGAUCAGAGUGCCGGCCAUGCAAGCGGAGGAGAUGUCCCCGGCCGUGAGCCUGACCCAGCUGGCCCUGGACAGCGAGGAGACCUGGUGCGUGGGCUGCAGUGACGAGGAGGUGGAGGACCCCGAGGGCUGGAGGCCGGGCCCUCAGGAGGUCCGCCGGCUCUACCAGACCCUGGAGGAGCGGGGGAGGCUGGAGCUGAGCACCAGGCCCUUCCCCCGCCGGCCUCCCACCCCCGAGGCACACCCGCAGGAGGAGGGCGAGGAGGAGGAGGAGGAGGCUGACCCCAAGGCAGCUGAGGAGUAA